CAUGGGGAGAUGAUCUACUACUAUCCCUCUCAAUACCAUCUCCUCUUAUUCCUUCUCUCCACUCCACCUUUUUGGCCUGAACGAUCAUAUGCGGACUCCACAUUCUCAAAAAAGAUAUGCUUCAAUAGAAUUGGUCGGUCUUCGCCAUUAAAAAUUGGUCGGGAUUAAUGGUAGGCUCCAAAUGACCUCAAAAGAGUUUCUUCCACUAAGUCUUGGCAGUAUAAAUGUGACUUCAACCUCUCUGAUUCUCUAGCUUCCAUGACUGUCCCUCUUAUUUUAUGUCACUGACUCACUGCAAGUUGUUUACAGAGGAGGAAGUCUUAACUCAAAAGUGUGCUUCAACUUACAGAAACGUGGGGAUGGGGUGGUGGGUUGAUUUAUCUUUCUCCUCUGGUUCUAACUUCUAGUUGCUAAUAUUGACAAAGCCUGUCCAUUUCCAGUCAGGUUCUUUGAAUUUCAAAGCCACAAUUUUUAUUCCAUUUCUUUCUCCAUCUCAGCUAAUAGUUAAGUGAGAUUCAAGGAUCAACCAUGGAGUUGGCCAGGGUGUUUCUACUGGUUUUAGUUUUCUGCAUUUCGUCCUGUUCUUCCUUCCUUCUUCCCGCUCAAGGAAGUUUGCAAAACCAUAUAAACCGCAAGCUAGGCCACCGAGUGUCCUUCAUUUCACAACCCCCUUCUCCACCACCUGAGUCUAAUUCCAAUGACGCCGUCUUCGAUGUGCUCUCAUUUGGUGCCAUUGGGGAUGGCGUUACAGACGAUACACCUGCAUUUAAGAUGGCAUGGGAUGCAGCCUGUCAAGCAGAAUCAGCAACCCUGCUUGUUCCCAAUGGCUACUCCUUCAUGAUCCAAUCUACAAUUUUCACAGGCCCUUGUGAGAAUGGCUUCGUGUUUCAGAUUGAAGGCACACUCAUGCCGCCUGAUGGGCCAGACGCUUGGCCGAAGAAUAACAGUAGGCGCCAAUGGCUAGUCUUCUACAGAAUAAAUGGAUUGACAAUGCAAGGGGGUGGCCUUAUCGAUGGUAGAGGAGAAAAGUGGUGGAAUCUUCCCUGCAAACCCCACAAGGGAGUAAACGGAACGACACUGCCUGGACCCUGUGACAGCCCUGUUGCAUUGAGAUUCUUCUUGAGUUCCAACUUGACUAUACAGGGGCUUGCAAUCCGGAACAGCCCCCAGUUCCACUUCAGAUUCGAUAACUGCAGGAACGUUUAUGUAGAUACAAUUACCAUAAGGGCGCCCUCUCUGAGUCCCAACACCGAUGGAAUUCAUAUAGAGAACACAGACUCCGUGCGUAUAUAUAAUUCCCUCAUCUCAAAUGGUAUGUUCAGAGUUCUAACGUCAUCAGAAGCUCCCUCCCUUGGUCUGUCCAUUCACCAACCUAACGAGUAUAUAUAUAUAUAUAUAAACCUCACUCCAGGUGAUGACUGUAUAUCGAUUGGGUCCGGAUGUUAUGAUGUAGAUAUAAACAACAUCACCUGCGGCCCCAGUCAUGGAAUCAGCAUUGGCAGUUUAGGCAACCGAAAUUCGAGGGCCUGUGUCUCCAAUAUCACAUUGAGCAAUUCAGUCAUAAAACACUCUGAUAAUGGAGUUCGGAUCAAGACAUGGCAAGGAGGAUCAGGUUCAGUUUCUGGGGUGAAGUUCAGCAACAUACACAUGGACGCUGUGAGGAACCCCAUCAUAAUUGACCAGUUCUACUGCCUGAGCAGAGCCUGCGCCAACCAGACCUCUGCGGUCUAUGUGUCGGACAUCUCGUACACAAACAUCAAGGGCACCUACGAUGUGCGGAGUCCACCGAUGCACUUCGCCUGCAGCGAUUCUGUGCCAUGCACCAAUCUAACACUCUCGGACGUGGAGCUUCUCCCUGCUCAAGGAGAGAUUGUGUUAGACCCGUUCUGUUGGAACGCGUAUGGCGCUUCCGAGACGCUUACUAUUCCACCAGUCUUCUGCUUGUUGGAUGGCGUACCGCGAUCAGUACUGGAGAACGACAUAGAACAGUGCUGAACCACUGGACUAUUAAUGAAUGAUGUGCAAAGCAAAAUUAUUUAUUAUAUAUAUACUUCCAAGAAAUUUAAAACUGCAUAAAGAGAAAGAGAUGAAAAGUAUGAUAGCUAGUGAGAAAAGAAAACUGAUGACUAUUGGCUAUGUACUGCACUCUCCACCAUACUUUGUUUUUAUACUAGUUAAUUUUAGUUUUG